AUGUCUUCAACAAGUAAACAUGAGCCCCCCAUUUUCAAGAAUAAGCUGCAAGAAUACACUCAAAAACGAGCUUUGCCAUUCCCAUCAUAUCGAACAGCCAACGAGGGAUUUCAGCACGCACCAAUGUUCAGGUCCACUGUGUUUGUUGAAGGAGUGGAGUAUACAUCUAAGCUGACAUUUCGCCGUCUCAAAGAAGCUGAACAAGAUGCAGCAAAACUUGCUUAUGAGUGUAUUGUAUGCAAUGAACAGCAGCUUGAUGCCAAACCCCUGCUUCAUGAGGAUCCAAAAUGUAGCAAGUCAAUGCUGUAUGAAUAUGCAUGCAAACAACAUUUAGAUAUGCCUGCGUACAAGACUCGGUCUUCGGAAGGAGAAGGACAGCUACCUAUUUAUGUCUCCACGGUGACAGUGGCUGGUAAUAACUUCACUGGCAAAGGAGGAAAAAGCAAGAAAGACUCAGAACAGCUUGCUGCACAAGCUGCACUGCAGUGGCUUCAAGGUACUAAUUCUGGAGCUAUUCUCAAUCAAAUGGCGAGCUUAAAGCGAAAACACUAUAGUGCACUUAAAACAGUCAAGUUUGCAGGUAGUAACCUAAAGAAGCCAAGGAACAUAAAUGUCAAAGGUAAGAUCAAUCAACAGCUUGUUUCUUCAAAAGCUUUAAGUACUUCAAAAAUGCAAAAAACUCCCAAAUGCAAUUCUUCUGGAUUAUGUGCAGGUUCUGGGGCUUCUCAGAAUCGAAAAGUGCACUUAACAUCAGCUCCUCACUAUUCUACUGCUGUAACACAGCAACGCAGCUGCUUUAAACAGCGCUCAGCAGGGCAUUGCUGA